CUGCCUGCCCGCGAAGGAAAUUGCAUCUCCGCGAUCUUUAAGACGAGAGGACGAAACUAGAAAUUUAAAAUUUUGUCGCGAAAAAGAUCUUACGUGGUGUUGCUUGUUAAGUAAUAACAUUAACGUCAUCUCUGAGUAUCUGAAAUUUUAAUACAACGUUAAGUAGAGGAAAAUAGUCACGAGUGUGACUAUUUUAAUCGUGUGCUGCGUAUGCAAAACUGGAACUCGCGGCGGCAUCCGGCGGGGGACGGGGGACAUCAGAGUGCGAAAGUAAAAGAACCAAUCACAGUAUCGCGGGAAGGAAGCUUCAAUAGCAAGCGGGUAACUUUUCUUAGGAGGAUUCUUCAUUUUUUUCGAGUAAAAAUAAAAAAAAAAGGAAAAGAAAUAGAAAAAGGGAAAAAAUGGUCGGCCACUAAGAAAUCAUAUCCUUUCGAGAACAAUCUUAAUUUCGAUGAUACGAUCGCGAUCAUGCUAAAGUGGGUGCAUUACUGCCCGUUGCCGAGGGAUCGCGCGAUCGCUUCCUCGGAGGCGACGAUGAUCAUUCCAAGUGAGACAACGAGGGAUGAGAAGGGCGAAAAAAAGGCGAUCGACAGAAGAAUAGACGGCGUGGGCACGGUGCGAAGUGCGCGAAAUGCGAAAACCGCCACGCCCGACGCGAUCAUGAGGAGAUGCUUCCGGUUUGGGGGUUCGGAUCCGAGGGUAGCGACCUGCAGAGGAAAGCUGCAGAACAAGCGAAGUAAGCUCAACCAAGAGAUCAACAAGGAGCUGCGGCUACGAGCGGGCGCUGAAAAUCUCUUUAAGGCGACAACCAACAGAAAAUUGAAGGAGACCGUCGCCUUGGAGCUAAGUUUCGUCAACUCGAACUUGCAGCUAUUGAAAGAACAACUCGCCGAGUUGAACAGUUCGGUGGAGCUGUAUCAGAAUGUCGACGGUGACGAGCCCGUUAUGCCGAUGAUACCAUUGGGACUCAAAGAGACCAAAGACAUUGAUUUUCGAGAUCCGUUUAAGGACUUCAUUUUGGAACACUAUAGCGAGGAUGGCGAAAACUACGAAGAAGCUAUAGCUGAUUUGAUGGAAACCAGACAAGCGACGAGGACACCGACCAGAGAUUCAGCGGGCAUCGCGUUACUCUUGCGUUAUUACAAUCAGCUCUAUUUCAUAGAGAGGCGUUUCUUUCCUCCUGAUAGAAGCCUCGGCAUCUACUUCGAGUGGUUCGAUUCGUUAACGGGAGUGCCGAGUUGUCAGCGAACAGUUGCCUUCGAGAAGGCAUCUAUUCUCUUCAAUGCCGGUGCACUCUACACACAGUUAGCCGCCAAACAGGAUCGUUUAACUACUCGAGGACUCGAUCAAGCGAUAGACGCUUUUCUCAGAGCGGCCGGCACUUUCCGAUACAUCCACGAGAACUUCACAAAUGCACCGAGUAUGGAUCUAGGCCCAGACAUGCUGGAGAUGCUAGUGCAAUUGAUGCUUGCUCAGGCAAGAGAAUGUCUCUUCGAAAAGCUAGAGCUUCAAUCAAGAGACGGUAGAAACAUCGAUGUUUGCUUAGAUCUUGCUCAAGAAGCAGCUCAGGUUGCGGCGAUAUACAAUGACGUCCACGGAUUGAUAUCGCGCGAACCGGUUCGUGACUACGUCCCGGAGACGUGGAUCUCGUUGAUACUGGUGAAGCGCGAACAUCACCUUGCCCUUGCUCACAAACACAUCGCGGUCGGUCUGCUGGACAGACCGAUCACUGAAUUUCGCGUGGAAACGAGGCUCACGUUGGAGCACAUCCAAAAGAGCGAUGGAAAAACUCAAUUAGACGCGACCGUUCCCAGAGACGAUAACGAAAGAAAAUUAUUGGGCAAGGCACAUCUUAGAGAAGCUCUCGUUCUACAUGACGAGAGUCAACGACUUCAAAGAAUGUGCCGCGAUCUAAAGGGUAAACAAGCGCUGGCGAGGGUUUUGAAGAAAACGCAAGAAACGACACUCGACAGCUAUAAUAGAUUUGGUAAUGAGGAUGAUUUUCGAGAACUUUUGGAUCCACCGGAUAUUAUUGCCUCCACGAAAUUUCAACUUAGCAUCACUCAUCCGGACUUCGGACAGCACGGAGUGGAUGAUCUUUUUAAAUCAUUGGGACCUGUAGCGAUAUUUUCAGCCAAACGACACUGGACUGCGCCACGAUUGGUACAGCUUCAAAGAGGUCCUGACGGCGAAGGUUUCGGAUUUAGCGUGCGUGGUGAUGCUCCGGUGAUAAUAGCCGCCGUCGAUCAUAAUUCAUUAGCUGAUGUGGGCGGGAUGAAGGAAGGCGACUUCAUAGUUGGGAUUGGCGACAAAGACGUCAAGUGGGCGUCUCACGAGCAAGUCGUGCGGAUGAUAAAACAAUGCGGUGACUUUAUAAAUUUGAAAUUAGUCACUCCAAUGGACAGGAAUUAUUUAAAGAUUACGAUGGUCACGGAAGGACAGGAGAAGAAAUAUGACGAGUACAAAAGCACCCUGGAUGCGGACUCCUUGGAAACGGCCAGGCUGGAACUUCGCGAGGACGACAGCACGAGGGAACAGGCGCUGGAGCAGUUUCGCCAUUGGAUCGAGAAACAUCCCACGAUCAAAAGAUGCAGAACCGACUCGCUGUUCCUGCUGAGGUUUCUCAGGACGAAAAAGUUCAGUCUGCCGAUGGCGCAAGAGAUGUUGGAACGCUAUCUCACCAUCAGACAACUCUAUCCUGACUGGUUCCAGAAUCUCGAUAUCGACGACCCGGAAAUCAACGCCAUCAUCGACAGUGGCUACUUGGUACCGAUGUUAAAGCGGGAUAAGCAUGGUCGAAAAGUAAUAUUGUCGUGCGCAGGGCGUUUUGACCCCAAUAAAUUCUCGUCGAGAUUAAUGGCUCGGAUCCACAGUAUCGUGGUGGAGACCCUGAUGGACGAUGAGAAAAGUCAGGUCCACGGUUACACAUACAUCAACGACGAGGCAGGACUGACCAUGAGCCAUUUCAGCGCCUGGUCCUUCACGGAUAUUCGCAAUGUACUGAGGUGCAUACAGAAUAGCACGCCGAUGCGUCAUAAAGAGACGCACUUCAUAAAUGUUCCCGGAGCCGUGGCAAAGAUCUUUGAAUUUGGCACUUCGUUGCUAAACGAAAAGCUGAAAUCGCGACUCAUGAUGCACAAGGAUAUACAGCAAUUGUUAGAGAUGGUGGAUCCAAAGAUACUGCCGAAGGAAUACGGCGGAGAAGUUCCACUUUCAGAAAUGAUCGAGGAAUUUAAGAAGGAACUAAAGCAGAAGAAAGAUGAACUUAAGGCCCUUGAUGAUAUGUACAUCGAAGUAUCAGCGAAAGAUUAUCAGGAGGCUAAUGAUGAAUUUGGUGGAAUAUGCGGUUCGUUCCGAAAACUAGAAGUCGACUAAAAACAAUCUAUCUCUAUUACGAUCUUACGAUCCUGUGUUAUCAGCACCUCACUUAACAAUUAUUUCUUUAUUAUGUGAUUACGUCGUAUGAAUAGUUUUACCAAAAAAAAAAA